AGAGCUUAGUCAGUGAUCAGUGGUGAGAACGAUAGGCUAGCUUUAAUGUUGAUUAGAGAAAUACAAAAUAAACACAUCCAAUAUGCUUAAUACUAGUGCUAGUAUGCUAGGUUUUUAUGUUAAAAAUGAGUGAUGUAUCUGGGAAUAAAGUUGAGAUUCACCCCUUUUUUUUGUAAUAUUGUCAUAAAAGAUGAAAUAAUUUUUUUUUUUUUUUUUUUUAUGUUUUGUGAAUGUAAUAUUUUAUCCAAAAUAUCUAGACUUAGGAUAUAUGAAGGGGAAAUGAAAAUGUACUGCAGAACAGGAAUGACCAAGAUGUCUAUCAAGUAUAGGAAAAUACAUUUUUGGGCGCUUUUAACAACUCAUGAACGAAACAGCUGUACAGCGCGAGAGACUGAAGCCGCAGGGAACAAGGAAAUACUGAGCUAGCGCGUCAAGAGUCUACAUGUCCACGUAUAAUCGUAACACGUCCAAAAGACUUUUGUUUUCGUAGAAAAAGGAGUUCACUAACCUAUGAAGUUAUGCGGUUACAUUUAAAAAGCGUUGGGCUUUGAGCCUCGUUAUUGAUAGCGUGUUAUCUGUUGUUUCGCUGAAACACGGACGGUUUCAGCGGAUCAACUCAUUUUGUUAGACGCAUUUGUAAAGAGGUACUGAUUUUAUGCACUCCGGUAAACUGAUGGAUAACGUUAAAGAGGCUGAAAUUAAUAACGAGGAAUGGAUGUCAUGUUUGCCAGAGAAACUGUGGGAUGUCCCUUUAACGAAUCUCUCAAUACCAGGUAGCCAUGAUGCAAUGAGCUACUGUCUGGAUAUCACUUCUCCUCUGAUCCGGUCUGAGUCAGACACCUUCAGGUUGCUGGAUGGAGUUUUCUGCUGUUUCACUCGGCCAGCUAUUUACAGAUGGGCCACUACUCAGGUGCAAGACAUAGUAGAGCAACUCACAGCAGGCAUUCGAUACUUUGAUCUUCGAAUUGCCCAUAAACCGUAUGAUUCUUCAAACGAGCUUUACUUCACUCAUGUAAUUUACACACAUGCGACCGUCAUUAAAACUCUACAGACAGUUGCUUCGUGGCUUGAAUCUCAUCCCAAAGAAAUCAUCAUUCUUGCUUGUAGUCAUUUCGAAGGGCUGGAUCAUAAACUGCAUGAGGAAUUCAUAUAUUCUCUGAAGAAAAUCUUUGGCUCUAAGCUAUGCCCUCGCAAUGCGGUCCUACUAACCUUGCGGAGCCUGUGGACAUCAGGCUAUCAAGUGGUUCUAUCAUAUGAGGACCAGUCAGCAGCACGUCAUGUGGACUUGUGGCCUGCUAUCCCAUCUUGGGCCAAUAAGCCUAAUGCAGAAGAGCUGCUCCAGUAUCUUGAAUGGCAGAAACAGCUUGGUCGACCUGAGGGUUUUUUCGUAGCAGGACUGAAUUUGACAACAGAUCGAUGCUUCAUCACCUCGCACCCUCGGGAAUCUCUCCAAACUCUGACCAUGGAGAAUUGGAACUGUGUGAGGAAAUGGCUAGAAGAUCAGAAACCAGGAGCUGAACCCACAAGUCUAAACAUAAUAGCAGGCGACUUCAUUGGACCUGUCCCAUUAUGCUCUAUUGUUAUUGCACUCAACAAAAAACUGCUGUAAUCAAGG